AUGGAUUCGUGGUACCCUGAGAAUCUCAAGAGUAGUGAGCUGAUACUACUCUCCGAAACUGGCUAUUCGAACAUUGAGGAGCCAAUUCGGGACCCAGAAGCCCCCGAAAGCGAGUGCGAAAGCGAGUAUGAAAGCUUGAGAGCGAGGGUGGGAGUGGGAGUGGGAGUGGGAGUGGGAGUGGGAGUGGGAGGUGGGAGUGGGAGUGGGAGUGGGAGUGGGAGUGGGAGUGGGAGUGGGAGUGGGAGUGGGAGUGGGAGUGGGAGUGGGAGUGGGAGUGGGAGUGGGAGUGGGAGUGGGAGUGGGAGUGGGAGUGGGAGUGGGAGUGGGAAUGAGGAAGAAUUUUCCGUAAAAUGGAAUAUUUAG